GCCCUUCAUGCAACCUGCAUCUUGAGCCAAAGGAUCCGGGCUCUUGGUGGAGGAGAAGCCCAUCACUUGUGGUCAUGGGAACCCAACUGCAGCAGCUCAGAAACCCUGGCAACUACGGUGAAGGGCUGGCUCUGCUUCCCUGUCUCCAUCCCGUCCAUUGAAUGGCCAGCUUGAUGAACGGAAGGGCCGAGGUGGGGGAUUGUUCACCUUGCUGGUUGAGAAUAUCCCAAAUUGUCUCCUCAGCAAAAGCAUCUUUGAUCGCAUCCUACAAAGCCUCCAGUGGUAGAGAACGUGCCCUGAGGGUUCAAAGGGUCCCAAAUCCCCCUUUCUGGGCAUAGCCACACCCGGAAAGCCUUUCUCCUCAGAGUCCGUGGGCAGUGAGGGAGGCGUGGUGGCUGCCGGGGCAAACAGCCCCACCCUUUGCUUCAUGCCACAGUAAGGGUCUCCGUGCCGCGAGGCCAAAGCCCCACUCCGCUUCUCUGCUGCAGAGGGGAAGGUCAGCUGGUGGAGAAGGCCAGGCCCUUCCCUUCCUCCAGGAUGGGGCAGAGCAGGAGAAGAAAAGUUGUUGCAGGGAUCACCUUGGCUGCUAUACUUGAAGGAGGACGGAGGAUGGCGGCAGAUGCAGGAAAGAGGCACCGCCCGAGAGGAGGAGGAGGAGAGCGGGCCCCGUGGAGCAGCCCUGCCCGGUCCUGGCGCGGCUUCCCCAGGAGACGGCGGGGAAAGGCCGGGGGGCUCCGAGGCUGCAGGAGGGAGGAGCCCAGGGGGAGCCCGGGAAAGGCGGCUGCCUGGAGGGCGAUGCGGGGAGGAGGAAACGGGCGGAGACCCCGAGACGGGCCUGGAGGGCGGAGGCUCCUUCGGAAGACCCCCAAAGCCCCGAAGGAUCCAGGAGGGAGGAAAGAACAUCAGUGCCUGGAAUGCAACAAAUCCUUCAAAAGAAACAGAGAUUUUCAAAGGCAUGUAAGGAUCCACAUAGGAGAAAAACCUUAUAAGUGCCUGGAGUGUGGAAAGAGCUUCCGUCAGUUGGGAAAUCUUUAUACACAUCAAAGGAUCCACUGGAGAGAGAAACCGAAUAAAUGCCUGGAAGGCGGAGGGUCCUUCGGAAGACACAGGAAUCCCCGAAGGAUCCAGGAGGAAGAAAAGAAAUAUCAGUGCCCGGAAUGUGAAAAAUCCUUCAAAAGAAAUGGAGAUCUGGAAAGCCAUCUAAGGAUCCAUUCAAGAGAGAAGAAAUACGAAUGCCCGGAAUGUGAAAAAUGCUUCAAAACAAAUGGACAUUUUGAGAACCAUCUAAAAAACCACUCAGUUGGAAACCCACAUAGAUGCUUUGUGUGUGGAAAGAAGUUCAAUAAGAGAGGAAAUCUUGAUCAACAUCAAAGGAUCCACUCCGGAGAGAAGCCAUUCGAAUGCCUUGAGUGUGGAAAGAGAUUCAAUCAGAGGGGAAACUUUUAUAAACAUCAAAGGAUCCACUCAGGAAAGAAGCCAAAUAAGUGCCUGGAGGGUGGAGGGAUCCACAAGAGAGGAAGGAGGCACAAAUGCCCCGAAUGUGAAAAAUCCUUCCAAAAAAACGGAGAUCUUCAAAGGCAUCUAAGCAUUCACACAGGAGAAAGGAAAUAUCAGUGCCCGGAAUGUGAAAAAUCUUUCAAAAGAAACGACCAUCUUGAAAGCCAUCUAAGAAUCCACUCAGGAGAGAAACUGAAUAAAUGCCUGGAGUGUGGAAUGAGCUUCAGUCAUAGGAGCAGCCUUUAUAGACAUCAGAGGAUCCAUUCCGGAGAAAAACGUUAUAAGUGUCUGGAGUGUGGAAAGAGCUUCAGUCAUAGCAGCAGUCUUUAUACACAUCAAAGGAUCCAUUCAGGGGGGGAACCAUAUAAAUGCCUGGAAUGUGGAAAGAGUUUUGGAUACAAGAGAAGCCUUAAUAGGCAUCAAAGAAUCCAUUCAUUAGAGGAACCAGAUAAAGUCUUGAUGCAUGAAAAGACAUUCAAUCACAGUGGAAACUUUUAUAAACAUCAAAGAAUCCACACAGGAGAAAAACCAUAUAAAUGCCUGGCAGGAAAGGUAAUAAAAUCCAAUUAAAACUUUCACUUUUAAUAAAUUUAAUAUAUAUUUUUCUUUUAAUAAAUUCCUUUAGUCUUCCAGGGCCAUGCCCAGGGUCCCAGGCCUGAGUUGGACUGCUGUCGGUCAUUCUGAUGGCAACUAGCAGGGCAGGCUGUCCUGGGAGGGGUGGGAGGCCUUGUAUGAGUCUGGAUGUCCAUCUGUCAGUGGUUCAGGAGUGUUGGAUUCUCACCUGGGCAGCUGUGGACGAGAUCCCUGCCUGAUCCCUGUCCAAGGGCUGCAGUUGAGGGCUGCUCCGAUUGUUAGACUUUGAAGUUAAAGAAUGGAAUUCUGAGGCCUGCUCUCAAAAGAAUAUAGAUAUGCCCAUACAUCUGCUACGUACACAUUAAUCACAGCCCAUUUAGAUUACAUAACAAGAGACUUGGGAGUUCACAAGGUGGAUACUUCUUCCUAUGGAAGAAAACUGACUGAAUCUAAUGUGCUGCUUCGGAUACCGCAGAGCCUCUUCCCAGCAGUUGUGGAGAGGAUGUGUUGUGUCCCAGACAAUUCUGCACAACCUGGUCAGGCAUCGUUUUAGCUGAUUAGAAACCAGUUGAGUUUCUGGGAGGGAAAGUUCUUCAGUGGGAUGAGACAUUUUAUUUUGAAUUUGAGAAUUCCCAUAUUUAUAUCUUCUGAGUUUGCAAAACUUUAUUGAACUUUAUUGAGGAGAACAUCAGGGUAAAGAUCAAGAAUGGCAUUUUCUUUUCCUUGAAAAGCCAAACUGUGUCUAGGAGGACAGUUUGGGGAUUGAGUUGAAAUGCGAGUGGGAAACGGUGUGGACACUUGAACAAUUUUUCUACCAAAUUGGGCUAGUUUUGCAGAUUUGUUGGAGGAAGAAGUUUGACCUCUGUGGGUUCCAGUUUGGGGGCUAUUUUGGUCCAUUGAGGGCACCUAGUGUGAAACUUAAUUAACCUCACUACCCUAACAUCUGGAACAGCCACCCACUCAGGAUCUGCUAACGGGUAGCCUUUCCACAGUAAUAGUUAUAGUUUUUCCUUGUGGAGGGGAAAAUCUUUUGGAUCUCGUAGUGAUUCCAAUCUAUUGCAGCCCCUUUGAGCAGCCGAUCUCCAAGGGGAGCAUCUGCCGAAAGGCUCUGGCCAUGCAAAACCACUUUGAAAGAUCCCUGAUGGAACCUGGCUUUCCUCUCAUGUGUGCAGGACACAAUCUCCAAAAACUCUUUCCAAGGUGGCUUAGCAUCCUGGACUCGUGAUAGUGAAAUGCUUGGGAUCCAACAACCAUCAUAUACAAAGAGCUGUUUCUUCUCCUUUGCGAUAUGUAGGGAUUAGCAUCCUGCACUGGAUACGUUUUGGAUAACUUUGAAGAUCAGCUCACUGAUGACCUAUACAACCAGCCUCCCCCUCCCACCAUCUCCCUUCCCUCAGCAAGCACAACCCUAGAGCAGAGAAGGCGGAGACUGAGGCAAAGUCUAAGAAAGCAUGUUAAUUCACAGCAAGUUAAAUGGACUGUGUGAUGCUGUUGCCUCACAUUUUAGGCUUCAUCACGAAUUUUAAAUGACAUGUUUAGCCCUUUUAACAUGGCAAUCUAUGCCUCUUUUUUCAGGUUAAUGCAUUCCUUUCUUGACUCUUUCUUUGGUAUAUGAGAACGAAAGUUUUCUGAAAGCCUUUGAAUACAUCUGCAACUUUCAAGAAAGACACAAACCCAGCUACGAAAGUCUAAUGUAACCGAUAAAUUUCUCCCUUCUGGGAUAUUAUCUAGAAUCAAUGUUUUCUGUCGUUCAGCCUUCACAAGCAAUAUAUUUUAUCGUUUCAUCUUUUCUUUACUGACACUGAAUGUACCAUUUGUUUCUUAAAAGACAUGAGCCCCCCCCCCUUAAUAAAUGUUUUUGCUUUGCUUGAA